CGGGGCGACAUGGACCGGUCAGUGUAAAGAAGUCACCCAACUAGACAAAUAAAAACAGCUUAUGAACUCAGGAGUUGGAACUUUUCUCUGAUUGUUGGGGAUCCCGCCAUUCAUAAGCCAGGAUGGCUCGGGAUAUGUCGGACAAGGACAUCUUAAAAAUGGAGCUUGAACAGUUAAAGAAGGAAGUGAACACACCACGAACACCAGUUGGAGCAAACUGUGCAGACACCAUUGCCUUUGUGGAGGGUCUGGCACCCAACGAUCCGCUGAUUAAAGGUGUUCCAGAUGAAAAGAACCCCUAUAAGGGAGACAAGGGAGGCUGCAUAGUAACAUAACACAUAGCAAAAAGUCAAGCUUUUUUAUUUUAAAGUGAGCAGGUCAAGUUUCUGUCAUAUUCUUGUGGAACUGCUGUUUAAGAAACAUAGCAAAACAGUUAAAUUUGUGUUGUAUUUUUUUGCUACAGGCACUGUUCUGUUACUGCAUUUGUUGUGAGAAUCCCUCCAAACUCAUGA